AGCCGGCGGAGAAGGCGGAGCUGUUUGUAAACUCACGUUGCUCGCCGCUCAGUCCGGUUUUCAAAACAACAGAAAUAUAAGCUUAGUUUUCUCUCGCCACGCGUCGAUUCAUACGCAGGCCUUAACAAGAGAAGGGGUUCGAGGGGAAUUGUUCUCGUCACUGCCUGGAUCGGGGCUGUACCGAUGGACUGAAAUCUAACGAAUCGGACCACCAGAGCAGAUCCAACAUGGGCAACAAACGGAAAUCCUCCAGUGAGAUCGACAGAGAUUCAGAUGCCAGCUCAGGAUAUUUUAGUGCUUUGGACCAGACAGACUUUGAAGACAUCGGACCAACUAGUACUGCGGCACAAAGCAUGCCGACAGCUCUUCAGGUGCCUUUCAUUCCUGGCUCACAUCCAGGAGUCUCUCCCAUGAUCGUAAUGAACAACCUUGCUCUUAAGCAGCCCAACUCCAUGGCCCCGGCAUUAAAACCGUGGAGCUUAAAUGCUUCACUAGAUGUGGUUCCUCAGUCCCAGCUGCUUUUCCUGCAGCCAGUCACUCCAGCUGGAGAUUGUACCAUCCAAAGCUCUGGCAAGCAGAAACAUUCCAGAAAGCAUGCUUCCAUGCAAAACGCCUUUCCAAAAAUUUCCCCGCAAGAGUCUACAAUCGACGAGGGUCCCAGCGCUAUCAAUAAGAGGUCAAACCACAGUCAUGCUGGAAGACAUCAGCGACGCCGUUGCGAUGAAAAACCUUUCCACGUUUCGUCUUUGAAGCAGGAUGCGCCUGAGACAUUUACAGAUUACGAUGUAGACCCCGACAUUGCUUCUUUGGGAGAAAUUGGUCGCUCUGUUGAAGACGUGGCUGUGGAAAACUCCUCGUCCAGGCUUUCUGACCUUCAGGAGCCCCACACCACCACUUCACCCUUCUCACUUUGCGCUGACUCCUUCCUCGCUUCUUUCCCUCAAAAGAGCCCCAAAGCUUCAGUCACCGAGAGCAGUGAUGUGGAGAAUAUCCCGGAAGCCCUCUCUCCGAGCUCCAGCAAACGCAAGCGCUUCUGCAACACCUAUAACAUUUUGAACCGGUCAGGCCUGCUGGGCAUCACAAUGCGCACAAAGGAACUUAUUCGACAAAAUAAACGUUCCCAGGCCCAGCUUCAGAGUCUGCAGGCUCAGACCGACCUCUUCUUGGAGGCCAUAUGUAGUGGAGAUCCCAAAGUCUGGACGAGAUUGCAGCUUAUCCUCCAGAACUCUGGAAACAUUGAGGAGACGCCAGUGGACUCAAUAAUGGACUCUGUAAAGGGUGCAGAACAGGAAAUCACAGAUGUGGGUUGCAUGGUGUAGUAGCAGGUUCGGAUUUUAAUAUUUAGUAGUGGAAUAGCCACCUUUGCUCCAAACGGCACUUUUAUAAUCAAUCGCUUGGCAAAUUUUCAUCAUCUUGUCAUUAUAUCAGUUGGAAACAUCAAAAAUUUGAGUCUUCGGUAAAGCCUAGAGAUAUAGUUAUAACUCCAAGCAUUAUCUAUCCCAAAUGAGACAUCUUUAUCCUUGUGUCAAAAGUAUACAAAGACAGUGUUUAGGUUACUGUGUCAGCUUUUUCUGUGGUUCAGAAUUUCUUAGCACACUCGAUUUGAAAAGAACUUCCAGUUCUAGUAUUACAAUGUAAUUGGUUAUUAUUUGGAAAGGAGGCCUUGGAAAACCAGAACUGGAACACGACAAUAGCUUCUGUAUAAAAAAAAUAUCUUUUCUAAUCACUGAAUCUAAUUAAUGCCUUUAACAAAUGAUAAAGAUAAGAGUACUUAUACUUAAGUGCACAAUAAUUUUUUUUUUUAUUCAGAGAAAAUGUGAAAUUCAGAAAUAUAUUUAGAAAAUUUGUAGAAAUGUGUUUGUAAUAAUACCGUUUGUACGUGUAUGUGUUGCAUCUGUAAGUAAGUGUUCUUGUUAUAUAUGAGAAAGACCAAUGGACGUUAAGAGUACUAAUAACCAUUUGUGCUGAUCAGAAUGUAUUUGAAGUAGCACUUCAGAUGUGGUUGUUAUUUGUAAUGCCUUGUCGUAUUAUUAAGUGAUUUGUUUACAUUCUUAAUGGAGGUUGCGAUUGUCUUUUAGGUUUGGAUGUGAAUGAACAAGUUGUACAGUUUUUUUUUGUUUUUUUGUAGCAAUCUGUUAUACCGCAUGCAUACAGACUGUUUGUGUUUGGGAAAGCAGGUACUAAUAAGCUUUGAUGACCGAGGUCAGGGUUGGUGGAGUGAUGAAUGCACUAUGUGAUAGCAUGUACACCGCUCAAGUGUACUUUGCCGUACAAAUUAACUUUUUUUUUCUGGAUUUCACUCGUAUUUUCUUUCCAAAAAUAUAAACGCAUCGCGUUGAUUUAUCAGAACCCAAUACUAAAUGACACAUUUUUGCUGUAGAAAUCUAUGCAAUAGUCUCGUUUAGUUUUAGCAUCGUGCUGAAGUGCAGUUUUGUAUUCUGUAGGUGUCGUUUGACUUUUUAUGUGCCUUCAAAAAUAAAGGCGUUUUAAAUCUG